AGUCAGCAGAGGAACAUGGCUUCAUCCUUUCUGGGCUUUACCCUCCUCUUCCUCAGCCUGAACGCAGCAGACGGAUUUAAAAAUUAUGGGGUUCUCCGCUGUGAGUUCAACUCCACUGAGCUGAAGGACAUCGAGUUCAUUUUCUCUUAUUAUUACAACAAGGAUGAGAUUAUCAGGUUCAGCAGCUCAGUGGGGGAAUAUGUGGGCUACAAUGAGAUCGGUCUGAAAUACGCAGAGGCCUGGAACAACGACCCUGCAUUGCUGGUGAUGAUGAGAGCAGCGAAGGAGAUCUACUGCAAACACUACAUUGAGAUCUGGUACCCGCACACGCUGACUAAGAAAGUGGCGCCCUCUCUUGUCAGGCUGCACACGGUGACGCCCCCUGGUGGGAAACACACCCACAUGCUGAUGUGCAGCAUCUACGACUUCUACCCCAAACACAUCAGUGUGAAGUGGCUGAGAGACGGAAAGGUCACGACCUCUGAUGUCACUUCCACUGAGGAGCUGGCGGACGGUGAUUGGUACUACCAGAUCCACUCCUACCUGGAGUUCACGCCCAGGUCUGGAGAGAAGAUCUCCUGCAUGGUGGAGCACAUCAGCCUGAGCGAGCCUGUGAUCAGAGACUGGGAUCCGUCUCUUCCUGAGUCUGAGAGAAACAAGAUCGCCAUCGGAGCUUCAGGUCUGAUUCUGGGUCUGAUCUUAUCUCUGGCUGGAUUUAUCUACUACAAGAGGAAGAUGCAAGGACGGAUUCUGGUUCCCACAAACUGAGGCAGGAAUCCUGAAGCUUCAUCCUGCUGAGGGAAAAGGCAGCUGGGAGUUGCUCUGCUGUGUUUUCAGUGCUGCCCCCUGCUGGAGAGGAGGACAUCCAGGAUGGAGCUCAGCUUCCUGCUCACAGCCUCAGCAGCAGCUGUUUGAAACCUUUAGUGCCUUAACAGAUUCUCAUAUUUCUGUCUUCUUUCUGGAAUCAUAAUGCUCUGGGAAACGCUCUGUCACUCUGGUUUUCUGUGU